AUGUGUCUGCCUAAGUCAGUAUGUGGUCAAAAUGUCAUUAAUAUCAACCUGUGGAAUAGAGCAGCUAUGGCAAAAGCAUGUUGGGAUCUUACUCUUAAAAAUGACAGCUUGUGGAUUAAGUGGAUACAUGUAUACUACAUUAAAGGCAGGCAAAUGACACCUAUGAUUAUUCCCCAACAGGCUUCAUGGAUGACCAAUGUGGUUACAUCUACAGAGCAGGUUACUCGCGUGGAAAAAUUAGCUAAAUGGGGAAUUCAAGUUAACCCUACUUGCUCUUUAUGCCAGUUGCAAGAUGAAACACUGGAACAUCUCUUUGUUCAGUGUCCUUAUGCGAAACAGCUAUGGAACAAAUUGCUUCACUGGCUUGGCCAACCAGUCCAGAACUUUGUCUCAUGGGAUGCUUAUUUAAGAUGGGUUGUACAGAGUGCUAAGGGGAAAUCCAGUUCUACACAAGCUUUAAGUGCGUGUUUGCUGAAUGUGUUCAUGCUUUGUGGAUAG